GCUAAUGUCAUGUGUCAUCUUAUGUGUGGCCUGUUGCAACCAGUCUUGUCGUUGUUCGCUUUGUUACCUGCUUUGUCUCAGUUGGCUAACGGGCUUUUUGGCAAGGCAUUAAACGGGUGCAUUAUUAGUAAUGAAUGGAAGGCAUGUUUGUAAUUAAUACGCAUCAAAACCAUAACAGUACAGUUCUUCCGUUAAAAACAGUCUAAAAAGUGGAAAUCUGCUUUUCAAAAUGUACACCAGCUGAUUGUAAUAGUUGUUUACAUUUCUGAAAUGCACAUAGCCAGCACUAGUGUGUAUCACGGUUCCACAUUUACGACCCCAUAUACCCGACAUCACACAACAAUGUUUGUAAGUGAUCGCGCAACUAAAUUAGAAAGCUAGUAGCGAUAUACACACGUUUUAGUAAAUCAGAGUUUAUCGUUAAAUGCACACGUGGUUUGUGUGACGUAAGAUAACUAAUUGUCCUGCACUGCAGUAUUACAGUAGCACGCUAACUCCAGUGUACGUUAGCUAGCUACAUACUUAAUGCCGUUUAUGUCGACUAGCUCGUGAUGCAAGCUAUACCUCGGAUAUAGCUAACUAGCAUUCACCAAAGUGCAGUAUUCCCCAAUGGCUACACGCUACGCAUGUUUUGUUUGAAAAGCAAGUUAUAUUACAUAAGUACCAUUACAUGGCCUUACACGUUUAUUGACAGAAGCUACAAAUAUACCUUGGUCCAUAUUGCAGUCCAAUCAGAGCCGUCUGAGAUGAGUGGUCCUGAGGUAGCGAAGACGCCGGGGGGCGGGGCCCCGGGGAAGGAAGGCAAGGAGCCUGUAGCCAAUGGCCAUGCAGGAGAGAGCGAGCAGGGAGUUGACAAUCCCUUUGCUGAAUACAUGUGGAUGGAGAAUGAGGAUGCUUACAACAGACAGGUUGAAGAGGAGUUGUUGGAACAGGAGUUCUUGGAGCGUUGUUUCCAGGAGAUGUUGGAUGAAGAAGACCAGGAUUGGUUCAUCCCGGCCAGGGACCUUCCCUCGGGGGUGGGGCAGAUCCAGCAACAGUUCAAUGGCCUGUCGGUCAGUGACGGGGGAAACGCAGAGGAGAUGGCGAGGAAGAGCAACUUGAACCCCGAUGCGAAGGAGUUCAUUCCAGGGGUGAAAUACUAAAAGUCCCCCUCACCCCCGAGGAACGCCCACACUCACACAACACGCAAACACAACCUUGCAGAGACUCUGGCGGCCUCAACCGCAACACACACAGACAAACACGCAUUCACACACACGUCCAGGGUGUGUAGGUAGAAACCCAUAGGGGGGUGGGGGGAUUUUUUUUUCUUUAAGCUUUUUAUGUUCUGAUUGUUUUCACUUGUAAAGUAAGGGACAGGUGCGGGCAGGGAGGGGGUACCAGUAUCACCACAACUUUAGAACUGGCACUGCUGCUGCUUUUCCAUUCAGGAGGCGCUGUCCUAAAAUGGCAUCCUAUUCCUUGUGGAAUGGGUUGUUUUUUUUUGACUAGUGCCCUGUGUGCAGUCAAAUGUAUUGCACUCCACAGGCAAAACGGUGCCUUUCUGGAUGCACAGAGUCACGUACAUGCACAGAACCAGCAAACUUUUUACAGCUUUUACGGUUGCCAUGUUGGCACCUAGAAAGCUCCAUGAUAAUCCAACAAGCGAAUCGCAAAUGGCACCCCUUUCAAACCAUACAUUGCCCUACCUGGUGGUAAGUUGUGCGGUACAUAGGAAAUAAGGUGCCAUUUUGAGGUCAGCAUUUAUACGUAUCGUGGCGGCCAUGUUGGUGCCAGAAUGUUCCGCGACAUAACCAUUCGAAUUGGAAUCCAACAAAGGAUGCUCUUGUCGAUUUUGUAGAACAUUGACUGGUGCCAUCAUGGGUGACACACCGUUGGCCAUCCUAGAAUUAUGUAUAUACGCACGCCUCUUUUCAAAAUAGACAUCCAAAAUACCCUCUUCAAUAGACCUUCUCUUUUCCCCUUCAUCAACCAUACAUCUGUGUAGAGCUGUUUUUAUUUCUCACCAGGCCUGGUUCCAAACUAAUUACUCGGCUCACCUAUACCCUACACCUUAAGAUUCACUGGUCAAAGUUCUAGUCUAUUCACCAUAUGGUCAUACUUUUAAAUCAAACGAGGGGGAAGGGGCGGCUACAAAUUCAUAUUUAUCAGUUGGCUGGCUAACUUUGAAGAGAAAAACAAGUGACUUUCUAGAUCAUUAAGAAAGCUAAACUUAUGUUUUUGGUUGUUGAAUCAAUUAGACUGUAUUUAUGCUAUUUCUGGAUAUCUAAGUUGGCUUCAUCCUGAUUUUUUUGUAUGCCGCCCCAAUCAAGAAAACACGCUAUAAAGAAUAGUAUUUGUCGGGUUGUCUGGGAUGGGUAACCUUUGAACUAGGGUGAGGGGGCUAGGAUAAUAUUGUUUGGGUUGGAACAGGGCCAUCUCUCUGACUUGCACCUCAAAUGCCCCCCCCCCCCCCCCCCCCCCCCCCCCCCCCUUACCAAACGCAGUCUGCUAUGCAGGCAGUCGGGGGACGGGGGCGCGAUCUGGGACCCUUGUUUUCUAUCUCAGUACUGAAAGAACAGAAGCAUCAUGUUAAACUCCUGUUGAUCGAUAAUGUUGAUCAACCCCUGAUCAGGUUUAUCUGUUUAAAAAUCAAAUCUUUUUUUCAAGCAGCUAUUUUGUGUGUCUCUUGGGCUGCAGUGGCCUGUGGUCAAAAGCUAAAUGUGUUACACAUGGCACCCUAUUCCCUUCAAAAGUAGUUCCCUACUUUUAACCAGAGCCUGUGGCAUUGGCUAUGAGCUCCUACUGGACCCUGGUGAAAGUAGUGCACUUCAUAGAUAAUAGAAGCCAUUUCGGAGUCACAAGUAAUCUCAGCCAUUACAGGGGAAACACGCUAAAACAAACCGUUAGGGUUUUUGGGAGGUUAGAAUGAACAGGUGAGGUUAACCAACCACAGGUCACAUGCAACCCAGGUCAACCAAUAGGAAUUGUCCGCCGGGUGGAUUUACAUAAAAAUCAUUUUUGUGAUUUUCAGUUGGAAAAAGUCCUGAUGACAGUACGAAUUUCAAUAAAAAGAGAAAAAAAAGAUGAAUAAAGUUGAAAAACUGCAGGUAAAUGUUU